UGUGUGUGUGUGUGCUCCUGGUCCUGGGCUGGGGCGUUCCUUCUCCACCGCAGGCGAGGUGAUAACCCAACCUGUGGCCAUUCCUGCUCUUAUCUCCAGCCCGAGUUCCUAGUCCUUUCCCCACUCAAAUUCGGGGGGGCGCAAAUCCCAUUCCCGUGCGCCAAGAAAAGGAAAAUCGAGCGGACGCCGUCUCGUCUCCUCCACAUUAUCCGCGUUUGAUUGAUCUGGAGCGCGCACGCCCAGCAAUACGACAAAGGAAUCUGCUUGCCAUUACAGUACAAAUUCCCACCUGCUCCCCUGUUUCUUGGUUCCCUUCUUCUCCACAUCACCCCCACCUCUCCCACGGACACCCUUUCCCCCUGAGCUCUGCUCUGCUCUGCGGCGGCGCGCCAGGGAUCUCUGCCUCCGGAGAAGGCGAGAUGAUGGGGAGGAAGGCGCUGGACUACGAGGAGCUCAACGAGAACGUCAAGAAGGUGCAGUACGCCGUGCGCGGCGAGCUCUACCUCCGCGCAUCCGAGCUCCAGAAGGAGGGCAAGAGGAUCAUCUUCACCAACGUCGGCAACCCGCACGCCCUCGGACAGAAGCCACUCACCUUCCCACGCCAGGUGGUGGCGCUCUGCCAGGCUCCCUUCCUCCUCGAUGAUCCCAACGUCGGUCUCAUCUUCCCCGCCGAUGCCAUCGCAAGGGCCAAGCACUACCUCUCCCUCGCACCCGGCGGCUUAGGUGCGUACAGUGACUCCCGAGGUAUCCCUGGGGUCAGGAAGGAAGUUGCCGAGUUCAUUCAGAGGCGUGAUGGGUAUCCGAGUGAUCCAGAGCUUAUUUACCUCACAGAUGGUGCCAGCAAAGGUGUGAUGCAAAUGCUCAACGCCAUUAUCAGAAACGAGAGGGACGGGAUUUUGGUCCCUGUUCCACAAUACCCGCUUUAUUCUGCUGCCAUUUCCCUCUUUGGUGGUUCUCUUGUCCCAUAUUAUUUGGAAGAAGAGGCUAAUUGGGGACUUGAUCUUGUCAGUACCCGCCAAUCAGUUGCAGAAGCACGGUCAAAGGGAAUCACUGUUCGAGCAAUGGUGAUAAUAAACCCAGGAAACCCUACUGGCCAAUGCCUAAGUGAAGCAAAUAUUAGGGAACUUUUGAACUUCUGCUAUCAGGAAAAAUUGGUUCUGCUUGCAGAUGAAGUUUAUCAACAGAAUGUUUAUCAAGAUGAGCGUCCAUUUAUAAGUGCAAGAAAGGUUAUGUUUGACAUGGGUCCUCCAGUAAGCAGGGAAGUUCAGCUGAUUUCUUUCCAUACUGUGUCCAAAGGAUAUUGGGGAGAGUGUGGACAACGUGGUGGGUACUUUGAAAUGACGAAUAUUCCUCCCAAGACUGUCGACGAGAUUUACAAGGUUGCAUCGAUCGCGCUGAGUCCAAAUGUUCCUGGGCAGAUCUUCAUGGGGCUUAUGGUGAACCCUCCUAAACCUGGAGACAUCUCGUACCUGAAGUAUUCUGCUGAAAGUAAGUCUAUCCUUGAAUCUUUGAGGAGGAGGGCACAAAUAAUGACAGACGGUUUCAAUAGUUGCCGCAAUGUUGUCUGCAAUUUCACAGAAGGAGCUAUGUAUUCCUUCCCGCAAAUACGCCUGCCGCAAAGAGCUAUGGAUGUAGCAAAAAGCGCUGGCAAAGAGCCCGAUGUUUACUACUGCCUCAAGCUUCUGGAAGCCACUGGAAUAUCCACUGUUCCAGGCUCAGGUUUUGGUCAGAAAGAAGGGGUGUUCCAUCUGAGGACAUCCUCGGUAAUAAGAUUCCACUUUGUGACAUGUAACAAUUUGCAGGGUGUUCCAUCUGAGGACAACGAUCCUGCCUGCGGAGGAGGACAUGCCGGCAAUCAUGUCGAGCUUCAAGAAGUUCAACGACUCGUUCAUGGACCAGUACCAAGACCACUCGAGGCUGUGAAGAGAGAAUAAAAACCACCGCGUCUACAUAUUAAUAUAAUGCUGCUCUUUUCUACCAGCAAUUGAAGUUGAUUAAUUAGCUGUGAGCUGUAACUAUGGUGAAGAAAACUGGUUGCUAUGCUUGAUAUGUAUAGGGGGGAGAUAUGUGCGGAAACAUUCUGUCAAUUUACUACUACAUAAUAUGAUGAUACUGUAA